AUGAGUUUGUUCUUUAAAUCACCAAUUGAUAUUGAAAUUUUACUUGAUGGUGAAGAAUCGAGGAAGCAUGUCGAUAUACCAGCAGUUAAAAACUCAGAUACAAGGACAUCUAAAGAUAGUUUCCCACUCUAUGAAGAUGGCGAAUCAAUAAGUGGUAUAGUAACCUUAAGAGUGAAAGAAGGGAAACGGUUAGAACAUCUUGGUGUGAAAGUAUCAAUCAUCGGGUCAAUUGAUAUGGCCAAAACCAAUGGCUCUACUAGUGGCACCAAGAUGUCGAGUAGUUCGGAUGUCAGGAAGAAGGCAGUAGACCAGUUUCUUUGUUUAAGUUAUGAUUUAUGCCCGGCUGGUGAAUUAACACAUUCUCAGAACUUCCCAUUUUUGUUUAAAGAUCUUGCAAAGAGGUAUGAAUCAUAUCGUGGAAAAAAUGUUGACGUUUCUUACUAUGUGAAAGUGACAGUUAUGAGGAAAACUACCGAUAUAUCGAAAGCUAAGAAAUUUUGGGUUUACCUUUAUAAUGAUAUCUCCAACUCCACAUCUGAAAUAACCAAUGAUUCUUCCGGAAAACAAAAGACAGACUUAGCAGAAGUUGAAACUACAGAAGAAAAUGCGAAUAAAGAUGGUGCAAUUGGCGAUGGCAAUAACAGAGAGAAUGUCAAUGAACAAAAAAUGGUUUCUAAAUCUACAGAUGAAGAAGGAACUAGCAACAUAUCAAAACCCGUUAGAUUAGACAUAGGUAUUGAGAACUGUCUGCAUAUAGAGUUUGAAUAUGGUAAAGCCCAGUACAAUUUAAAAGAAGUUAUUGUAGGGAGAAUAUACUUUCUGUUGACAAGGUUGAAAAUAAAGCAUAUGGAACUAAGCAUAAUAACAAGAGAAUCAUCUGGAUUAAAGCCUUCUAGUUCAUUGAUUGAUUCUACGGCAAUAAGAUUUGAAAUCAUGGAUGGCUCACCAGUUAAAGGCGAAACAAUUCCAAUUAGACUGUUCCUGGGGGGUUAUGACUUAACGCCAAACAUGAGUUGUAACUACUUCAGUGUCAAAAACUAUAUAAGCUUGGUCAUCAUAGAUGAGGAUGGUAGAAGAUAUUUCAAGCAAUCAGAGGUUGUAUUGUAUCGCACGAGGUAA